CUCACACACAAUCUAAAAAAAAAAUUCAACACAUUCUCUCUAUCAUCAUCACUCUUGUCUCUCUUUCUCUCUCACACAUACACACACUGUCUCUCUCUCUCUCUCUCUUUGGGUUUCUUUUCUUUUUCAAACUUUUUAACCUUAUGUUUGUUUUAGCACCUUUUUCACAAGGAUUCCCUGAAAAAGCCUAGGGUUUCUUCACAAAAAAUAAGAAAAAAAAUCACACUUUGUUAGUCAAAAGUUGAAGAAGAACAAUCAAGAUUCACUUACAAUACAUUUUGGUGGUUGUGUCUUAACUGAUAUAAACUUGGGUGGUUAUUUUCUUGGCUUCAGAGAGACUUAAGACAUUGUAAACUAGUUAAAGAUGGAAACUUUAUGAUUGUUCAAGUCAAAAAAGUGUGAAACUUGUGCCUAUAUUUAAUGGGGGUUGCUUUUUUGGAAACGUACAUGUGAAGCAAAUUAGUGUUUUUUUGUUUGUUUUUGUCUUUUUGGUUUUUUCAUCUCAUCUACCACUGCCACUGUCCAUCUAAUACUACCCUUUUACUGUGUGAAGAUGGAAUCUUUUGGAUCUUGUCUUUACUUGUUUUUGCUACAUGGGUGUUUGGAUUUGAUAAAUUUAUGAUCUGGGGUUGUUUUAUAUAGCUUAAAUGAGGGUUCUUUAAUUGAGAUUAGCAGAUAAUAUGACUGUUAUUCAUGCUAUGAUGAUUUCACAAGUUUGGUCAUAUGAGUUGUUCUCAUAUCAGAAUGAUGGGUACCAAUAAUUUGGGGUUUUGGGUAUUGUAGUUUUUUAGUUAGUUGUGUAUAUUAGUUUAGUAAUGGAGGACAUUGGGUUAUUUUCUCAAGCUUGGAUGUGGUUGCAAUCAAAGAAAGAUUGUUACUUUGUUGUAAGGACAGCUGCUGGCUGUUUUAGGGACAAAAUUGGGAUUUUUAAUGAGAGGAUUUGGCCAAUUGUUUGCUGUGGAUGUGCAAAACUGGGAAAGUUUCUAUUUAUCUUGUUCAGAUACUGGAAGGAUUGUUUAGUAAGGGGAUGUCGAUCGUUCGUUGGGCUUGGAUCCGCCGCGUUGCUCCUUAUUAUGUGGAGCUGUUUUCUAAGUUUAACAUCAAUGUCAUGUCUGGUUUAUGUGCUCCUUAGUAUGGGUGCUGCAGGGGCUGCCGUUCAGUAUUUGGGUUGCACUCCUGGGCUUUUCAUUGUUGGGCUCUUUGGUAUUUUAGUUUUGUGGAUGUAUGCCAACUUUUGGAUUACUGGUGUGUUGUUUAUAGUUGGAGGUUAUCUAUUUUCCUUAAACCAUGCAAGACUUGUGGUAUUAAUGGCUACCAUAUAUGCUAUGUAUUGUGUUAAAGUUCGAGUUGGAUGGCUCGGAGUUUGUCUCUCAAUAAAUCUUGCGUUCCUCUCAAAUGACUUAGUGAACUACUUACUCCAGUGGUGUGACAAUUUGAGUGAAACCACACAUGUUGAAGAUUAUAAAGAGUCUGAACCGUUUACUGAGGAUGACUUCUCCACCGAUUAUGAGUCAUCAGUUCCGGUGGAUGAACCUGAAAAGGUUGAAAAGGUUCACGCUUGCAAAACAUUCAGCAACGCUGCUUCUACUUCAUCAGUUGUAAUCCAACAGAAAGAACCCCCAGCUAGGUCAGUAGUUAGAGAAGAUGCAAAUUCAAUUAUUGAGAUGAAGCGAAUACUAGAUAGUGCAGAUCAUUAUGAAGCACUAGGGGUUGCUCGACACAAGAAAAUUGACGUUGUACUUUUGAAAAAAGAAUAUCGGAAAAAGGCAAUGCUUGUGCACCCAGACAAAAACAUGGGAAGUUCACUUGCCAGUGAAUCAUUUAAGAAACUUCAAUGUUCAUAUGAGGUUCUUUCUGAUGCUGUCAAGAAGCGAGACUAUGAUGAGCAACUCAGAAAGGAAGAAUCUAAGAGUGUAUUGCAAAGAUCACCUAGCACUUCUAACCCGGAAUCUUCCAAUUACUGUUCAGAAGAGUCGAGGCGUAUCCACUGUACAAAAUGUGGCAACUCGCACAUUUGGAUCUGCACCAAUAGGACAAAGGUCAAGGCAAGAUGGUGUCAGGAUUGUUGUCAAUAUCACCAAGCCAAAGAUGGGGAUGGAUGGGUAGAGUACAAAGGAUCAUUGGUUUUCAAUCGACCACAAAAGGCGGAGAUACCUCGUGCUUUCGUAUGUGCUGAGGGCAAGAUAUUUGAUGUGUCAGAAUGGGCCAUAUGUCAGGGUAUGGCAUGUAGACCCAAUACCCAUAGGCCAAGUUUCCAUGUAAACAUGGUUGGAUUAGAGAAAUCAACCCAGAGAUCCAAUUCAAGUAGGUAUCCGUGGGAUUUCGAUGCUGAGAUGACAGAUGAAGAUGAAGAAUUCGAGCUGUGGCUCCAGCAAGCAUUAGCAUCUGGACUUUUUUGUGAGACGCCAAAGCGAAGAAAGACUUGGAGUCCUUUCAAGUUGAAUCAGAUGAAAGGAAAGAAGCAAUGGAGAAGGUCUUCAUGACUUACAUGCAUCAAAAUUGGCUACAAUGGUCGGAUGCCAUUUUUGUGAUGAUUCAACACCCACUGCUAAAAUCAGGACAAAACGAAAAAUGAGGAUAAAAAGACAUGAUGCCAUAUGUUAAAUUUUCAUAUGCAUCAACACGAAGAUGACCGAGCUUCUCAUCAAGGAAGAAGCCAUCUAUUGGCUUGGCUAAACAAGUAUAAAUGUGCUGGUUAGCAGAUCCAUCUGUAUAUACCAUCUUAAUUAUCUGGCAGCAUUUAUCUAUUGCAACACUCAGUUUUGAGCUAGAUCCUUUGGGUUUAGGAGGAACAAAACUGAGUAAAUCUUUGUACAUCUAAUGAUCCUGCCUGGACUUGUACUAUUUGAGGUACAAUAAAUUUCAGAGUAGUUGUACUCUUUGUGCAAUUGGACAUUUCAUACUAUUGAUCCCACUGCAUUAUCCACUUAUUUAACCGCGAGAUCUA